AUGAAGAUUCAGAUCUCCUGGGCCCCAACGCUUUGUCUCUGGAUUUCGCUUGUACAGUCAGUUCUUGGAGAGCCACUACCUCCUCCUACGGGCAAAUACAAUGUCGGUGCCCAACGAUUCGUCGUCCCUUUCUUGAACGAAGACGACCUCGUCUGGCCGAACAAUGUCUCGACUGAAUAUCUCGUCACAUUAUACUAUCCCACCUUGGAGGAUAAGCCAUGCCCGAAAACUUACCUCGAGCCCGAGCUUGUUGAGCUCUACACUGAUAUCUGGGACUACAAUAUCUCCCACCUUACGUCGACAUUGCGGUGGAAUGCCUCAUAUCUAGAUGAAGGAACGGGCCCGACGCUGCUCUUUGGACCCGGCGGCUGGGGUGUACCGACUGAUGGCAACUACAUUGCCAUCUCUAACCUCGCCUCGCACGGUUACGUCGUGGCUGCAUUCGACCACGUCUAUGAGCAGCCGUUUGUGCGAUACCCCAACGGCACCGGUGUCUACGGCCUUGGACCAGUCUACAGCAACACAAACGAAUGGAUCGAGAAGUUGCACGCCAUCAGGGUUAAGCACCAGCUACAUUUCAUCGACUACUUUCCCUCGCUGGUAGCAGACCUCCAGGCGCCCUUCAAGACUGAGAACUUUGGAGCAUUCGGCGUGUCCCUCGGAGGCGCCGCUGCUCUCACUGUGGCUCUGGAAAGCGAUGCCGUGGCGGCCGCCGUCAACAUAGACGGGCAAAACUGGGGUCGCCUGAACAAGACCUCCGACUCGGACCUGAAGAAGCCGUCCAUGAUCCUCGGCUUCCAGGGCCACAAUGCAAACAGCGACCGCACCUGGAACAAUUACCGGGCCUGGCAGACUGGAUGGUGGCGUCUAUUCUCUGUAGAUGGAACCGUGCAUGCUGACUGGUCCGACCUGACGUUUUGGAAGAUAUUCGGCACGACACGUCCAAUGGGUCCUAUUGACGGCAACAGGAUGGUCAACAUCUCGAGAGUGUUUCUCAAGGCCUUCUUUGAUGAGACUUUGCUGGGCAUUGAGCAGCCACUUUUGGAUGCUCCGACAGAAGACUUCCCUGAAGUACAUUGGGACGAGAUUCAUAAUGGAGAGUGA